UCAGAGUACUUCUAGAGGAUGAGCGGGAUCUGCGACAGAACCCUGCGUGCGCCAAGGUGCAGAAGUGUUUCUGAGAGUGGAAUCCGUUAUUUGUAACAAUGAACACCAGCUCACCGGCAACCAGCGCCUUGGCUCCCGCUAGCAACCAAGGUGGACCCACCACACCUCGCAAGGGGCCACCAAAGUUCAAGCAGAGGCAGACGCGUCAGUUCAAAAGCAAGCCACCAAAGAAAGGUGUCAAAGGGUUUGGUGACGAUAUACCGGGAAUGGAGGGACUUGGAACAGACAUCACCGUCAUCUGUCCUUGGGAGGCGUUCAGUCACUUAGAGUUACACGAACUGGCACAGUUUGGGAUCAUCUAA